AAGGGGCGAGUAACGGGAAAGGAGAAACAGCGGUCGCGGGAGGCUGUUGAGUAGCGGUGUGGUUGUGUUGUCGGCGUCGUCGCGAGUCGGGUCUCUGUCUCGUUGUGCCAUGCCACUUUUUCUGCACUGCAUGCAGUAACGCGCGCGCCGCUGAGAGCCACGCCGUUCCAGGUGCAAGCGCGGAGCCGGACGAGCAUCACGCAGCGGCCCUCACAUGGGACAGGCGAGCCGAUGGUUUCCUCCGCGCACGGUCGUCUGCUAUCGCUCCGUGCCUGGGCGCCCGACGGAGAGGACGAUGUACCGCCCUGCACCAUCGUCGCUGUCCAGCAUCUGCCGCCACCUCCGGCCGGAGAGAAGUCGGCCGCUGUCUCGAGAUGCGCUCGGAACUGGCUACUUAAAGCGUUGACCACGAUCGCUGUGCUCGGGGGACUCGUUCUCACACUACUCUGGGGCAAGUUGUACGUUCGCGAAUGCCUCGUCUGGCUGGACAGCCAAGACAGCGAGACGGUGUGCCUCGUUUUCGUGCUCAUGUACACCUUGGUGGCCUUCCCGCUUACCUGGGGCUACAUCCUGCUCAACUUCGCGUGCGGCUACCACUUCGGUCUCGUCCUGGGCGUCGCGGUCACGGCCGCCGCCGCGUCCGUCGGCAUCUCUGUGGCGCACACGGUGAUGAAGCGCUUCUUCCUCGGCUUCAUCAUGGCCCGGCUGCUGUCCAGCGAGGUGGUCCGAUCCACCUUGGCGUUGCUCGACACUGGCCACGCCUUCAAGGUGGUCAUCAUCUCUAGGCUCACACCCAUCCCUUUCGGCCUGCAGAACGCGAUGUUCGCGGUGAGCCAGAUGAGCCUGGGACGGUACGUGACGGCGUCCGCGCUGGGCUUAGUGCCGACGCAGGUCAUUAACGUCUACCUGGGGACCACGGUGCGCUCCAUGGAGGAAGUGCUCGACGACGACACCACCGCGGCCACCGGAUACGCCGUGCUUCUAGCUCAGGUCGUGCUGAGCGUAGUGCUCAUGAGCCUGAUCGUGCGCAAGGCCCGCCAGGAGCUGCGCGACGCCGUCUUGUCGUCGGGUUGUUCGUCGCGGGCCUCCCUAGACACCGCCUUUUGUCCGCACUUUCCUUGGGUGCCUGUUGCGCCGAUGCAGAACGCGUGGGCGCGGCCAGUCGUCUGACCUCCAAACACAUGCUUGCCUUUGCCGCGACGCAUUGUUUUUUCCUUGUACUUUUUUUUUCUUGCCGCGACUGAUCGGCGUCAACUUCCGAGUGAUACGGAGCCCCCAGUAAAUGCACUCAUAGACACCGAUGCACGUUUGACAGAGAACGGUUCAGCUACUUCCUUGGACGGGGGACGUUCAAUGCCCAGAACCAUACAUGAACACACAACACCCAGUCUUGCAAUGAGAAAGAUAUUAGGGCGGCUCAGUCCAGCCUGUCUGGAAGGCUGGCGGGAGCUCUCUUGGCAGCCUUUCGGUAUGUAAGUAUACGAAAUAUAUUUGUAAGGUUGGGAUUCAGAUAGAAGCACGACGAUGCAAAUGCGGCUCUUCUUGCGGCACAAAAAACAGCCGGGCAACUUCGUCCGAGCCAUGAGAGACGUCGCCCAUGGUUUCUUAGUACCAGUGUUUUAUACAGGGCACAGUAAGAAAAGUACGCAGUCACUGCCUUCUGAAAUAAUAAUAAUGAUGACUGCCCGCAAUCGCGUGCCUACAUAAGCGAGCUUGUCGACACACGGUAUAUAGUCGAAAAAAUAAUAAAAAAACGGAUGCAAUUAGGUAAAUGACGAGCAUAUCUAACUUCCGCGUUCACAAACUUUAGCACACCUUAACAUUAGGGUUCGAAAACCUCAACAUUGGUUCUAAAAAAAAAAGUGGGUUCCGUAGCAAGUGAUAUGUCUUGAUAUUGCCUAUGCAUUUAUUUUGUCCUGUAGGACAUAUACCAAGUGUCCUAAUCAUUACCAUGCCUGUCGAUGUCGCGAAACUUGGGUCUAUUUGUUCUUUCUUGUUGAUGCGUACUUAGAUCUGUACGAAGUUACUUACAAUAUUAUCAUGCCUGAAAAUAAAUAUAAGCUUCGUAACGAC